GGCGGGGGCGGCUUGGAGGAGGCGGAGGCCGGCGGUCAGAUCCGCUCCAAUUUAUUUGCCAUGUCCCGGCAGGCGAAAGACGACUUCCUGCGACACUACACAGUCUCCGACCCCCGGACCCACCCCAAGGGCUACACUGAAUACAAAGUGACGGCGCAGUUCAUCUCAAAGAGGGACCCGGAGGAUGUCAAAGAGGUGGUGGUCUGGAAGCGGUACAGUGACUUCCGAAAGCUGCAUGGAGACCUGGCCUACACCCACCGCAACCUCUUCCGCCGCCUCGAGGAGUUCCCAGCCUUCCCCCGCGCCCAGGUGUUUGGCCGGUUUGAAGCCUCGGUGAUUGAGGAGCGGCGGAAGGGGGCCGAGGACUUGCUUCGCUUCACUGUGCACAUCCCCGCGCUUAACAACAGCCCCCAGCUCAAGGAGUUCUUCCGGGGUGGGGAGAUGACACGGCCCUCCGAGGUGUCCAGAGACCUGCACAUCCUGCCCCCGCCUCUGAUUCCCACACCACCGCCUGACGAGCCCCGGGCCCAGCCUCAUGAGACUUGGUUGCCCCAGCCGCUUCCUGCAGAGAGAAGGGGCCUUGAGGAGUUGGAGGUGCCAGCGGACCUGCCACCAUCCAGCCCUGCUCAGGAGGCCUUGGAUCUCCUCUUUAACUGUGGGAGCAUCGAGGAGGCAUCCAGUUCCUCUGCCCGAGGCCCCCUCACCGAGGCUGAGCUUGCCCUGUUCGACCCCUUCUCCAAGGAAGAAGGUGCAGGACCCAGUCCUACCCACAUAGGGGAGCUGGCAGCAUUGGAGGCAGAAUCUGGAACGCCGGACCAGGAACCCUGGGAGCCAGGCGGACAAGCAGAGGAGGACGACGAGGGAGGAGAGCCCGCCCCUGCCUAUCUGAGCCAAGCCACAGAACUCAUCACCCAGGCCCUACGGGACGAGAAGGCAGGUGCCUACCCUGCUGCUUUGCAGGGCUACCGGGAUGGUGUGCACAUCCUGCUCCAGGGAGUUUCUGGUGACCCAUCACCUGCCCGCCGAGAGGGUGUGAAGAAGAAGGCGGCCGAGUACCUGAAGCGGGCAGAGGAAAUCCUACACCUGCAUCUGUCCUAACUCCCACCCCGAGAUGGGAGUGGACCUGUUCCCAGGACUCUGGCUCCAGCACUGCCGGCCACCCUCUUCUCUCCCUGGUGCCUGAUCUCCUGGUCCUGUAACUGGCCAUUUCUAUAUGUAACUGGACCAGGAAUGAGAAAAAUAAUGAUUUCUCAGCUCCCUGACCACACCUGCCACUUUGGAAUCGGGGACUCACAUAUCUGAUCCUGCCUGUCUCUGUCUUGUUAUGGGAGGCUGCAGCUCUGGUCCGUAAGCCAUCUGUUUAUCCAUCUAGAACCGGGGUAUGCAAACUACUGCCCACAGUCAGAUAUGCCCCACUGCCUUUUUUUGUAAGGCGCAUGAACUAGAAGAGUUUUUACUUUUUUUUAAUAGGUGAAAAAAUCCAAAAUAAUAAUAUUC